GCGAAGCCUGGACCACUCCAGGACCAUGUCAGUCUGUCUCGGCACCGAUCGCACUGGCGCCAUCGAAUUCAAGAUUCUCACUAAAGAUAAGAUCGAGGAUGCCCUGGCCGUGCAGAGCGAAACGAUGCAUCAAGAAUGCAUCGCGAUUGGCAUGGGCAUGUACGAAGACCCGGGUGCACCCGAAGAGAUGCAGUCCGCCUUCAGGGAGGUCAUCAAGGACGGGUGCACGGUGAUCGCCGUCGAUCGAUCAGAUCGCGUUGUCGCCGUGGCGUUCAACAAGUUACACGUACCUCUCAAGCCAGGAGAGGUGGACCCCUUCGCACUUUUUGUGGAAAAUAACAUCAAGCAUCGUUCAUGCCGCGAUCUACUUAAUUUCCUCGAUUAUGUGGAAUCAGUAGACAUUUUUCAAAAAUACAACGUGAAGGGUGUCAUGGAGAUUUUCUACAUAGGCACGCAUCCGCAAUAUCAGGGCCAUGGAAUCGGCCGAGAGAUUACAGAGAAGAGCCUCGAAGUCGCACGAGGUUUACGCGACGGAAAGCUGAAACAGAUUUGUAUCGCCGACAAAAUCGUCAACGAGCAUGUGCGGCCGGAAAUAGUAUUCUGUGUUGCCGCCUCGAUGUAUAGCCAACGAAUCAUGGAAAAAUUGAAUUUCGAAAUCCUCAACGAGCUGCGGUACGAGGAGUACGUACGGGGUGGCAAGAAAAUGUCAGACAGGAUAGGCCACAUGCACAAGACGAUCAGAUAUGUCGCUCACAAGCUUUGAGAACAUCAUGCCUUAAUUUGAAUUAUGAGUAUGUGCUUGUUCACUGCCUUUUAAGUUGUUGAUAAUUUUAGGGGCAUUAGUUAGUCUUGGUAGCAACUUUAGAAUAUUGCGUAUUCUCUCCAAACUCAAACUAGGUAACUUGUUAAAUUCUAUACAACAUAGAGGAAAUUUUAAUUAAUUAAAUUGUUACUUAAUGUUGAUGAAACAUACCGUAAACCAGGAACGGGACAGCACGCAGGAGAAAAAAUGCAACGUAACCAUAAUUUCGUUUUUAUAUAAGUAUAUAUAUGUAUAUUAAUACAUUUAAUGUAUCAUGUCCAUCACCUCGGGAAUGCUCACGAUGGUGAUGCGCCUGGACAGCACCGCAUUUUCGCAAACUAAUAUCGCUACCGCGAUAUUUGCGCGAGGACAGAUGCGUCUUCGACUAAUUCCAAGCGAAAUAUCGGACGACAAGUAAUAAAUAUAUUAUUUCCCCGACAAUUCACGACGCUUGGAUCGUGAUUAUCGCGAUUAUCGCCUAAAGAUACUUCAACAAAGUCACAAAGGACAACAACGAUUUCGUCAUAUGACAUAAUAUGACGUUUAGCCUUCGCGCUAUUUCACACGGAUAUUGACGUGUUUUCACGGUGGAAUCGGCGAUAUUGUUAGUCCUAUUGCUCGGAAAUAUUCGUUCUCGCGUUCGCGAAACUAUCAAUAUUAAUAUCAAUGUGACAAUCGCGUGCGAUCGUUCUCUAAAAGCGCCACGAUCCGCGAUAUUAUCGGGAAGACACCCAGGAUACAAUAUUCAGUAAAGUUAUUUUGUUAAAGCGUCGAGAUCUGAAGAUAACAAUAGUACAGAAUCGCAUUUUUCCGACAAUGUCGUCGGCGAGAAUUUUCUUGUUUAUUAUAAUCUGUUUCAUUAGCAUCUCGUGUAAGAUCUGUAUCGUUCGUCAUGGAAAUUCUUGUUUCAUGUACAGGAUACGUGACGAUUGCAGUAAUAGGAAAAAAGCAGGUAAAUACUGCGAACUUUGUUAAAAGAAUACGUUAUCCAUCACUGCCAUUAAAAUGGUUAAUGAGUAUUUAGCUACAUUUCUGCCAUGAAAUGCCCCAAAAAUGAAAAUGAUAUUUCUUGUAAAAUCAAAUCGCAAUUGAGUAUACUUUUGUGCAAACAUAUUCAAAAUUACGAUAUCUCGAUAAUCGUGUAGAGAGUCAUGUGCACAAUCAAAAUAAAUUUUAAUCGAGUCUUGUUAUCGGGACCAGUUCAAUGAAAUGAACGAGGAAACGCUGAGAGUUUAACAAUUUUUUAAAUUGCACUUCAAUUCCUGUAUCUGAACUCUUUGUAUGUAUAUUAUACCUAUAUUAUGUAUGUAAAUUGUGCAGCGUAUACUAGCACCUAUAAAUGAAUUAUUAUAUCUCUACACACUACACGCCGCAUACUCGUAUUCCACAAAGUUAAUAGGUAAAUAAAUAUAUAUGUAUGCAUAUAUA